AAAUAUUGGCGCCAUGAAAUCGUAAACAACGUUGACAUGAUGAGACUAACACUAACAGGAAAGACUGAAAUGCUAAUAAUUACGUACUCAAACGUAGCGAUAAAGUGCCUAAUUAUAGAUCAUCUCCAUAAGAGGCAGUAACAAAUUUAUUAGUUAAUGUAAUCGACGCGAAAACAAGUCUGAAGAAAUGGCACCUGGUAUGUAACCUGUAUGAGCGGGCAAUAACAGAAAACCCAGCUGCUGCAUUGAAUGCAGGAGACUGGUGAGUCUGCACGUCAGAGACCUAAAGUGUGAAAACAGAACAAGAUCUGACUGAGGCUGCUGAAGUUUUUAGUGUUUUGUCAGAUGAGCAUCACAGCUUCAGGUUGUUGAAUAGUUGACGAGGAGGGUGCAUUUCCAUAUCUGAGGAAAAACGUGUGGACUAGUCCCUUUAGAGGAAAAAUUCAGUCAAACCUUGUUAUCUCGAAUUUGAUGGGACCGAGAGAAAAACUUGGAGAUAUCUGAGGAUUCGAGAUAUUGAGGAAGUCUUGAUAUCAUGCAUCAGAUUGCUGGAGAUGACCCUUCAACCCAGGACAUUCAGCUCCUGGCCAAGCAGAAAUCUCAUGAACUGUUUGCAGUAUGUGACACUGAAGAGAAAGGCUUCAUUACGAAGCGAGACAUGCAGCGGCUGCAGACGAAGCUCGGUCUCGAUCCAGAACACCUAGAGGCUGUGUUCGAUUCCCUGGAUGAUGAUCAAAAUGGCUAUCUGACGCUAGAGGAGUUUACAUCAGGCUUUGGAAGUUAUCUGGGUAUACCCCCUGUCCAUGAUGAUGACAGCAUGAAUUUGAGUGGUGAUAAUUACGAGGAGGAUAUGGUGGACAAAGCAGAGGAGGAGGAGAAACUGUUCAACAACAUGAUGGAGAGUAUCGGAGCAGACAGGGUCAUUGACGAUCAGGCUACUGUAAAAACUCUGUGGAUGAAAAUUCGUCAUGAUGAACCAGAACUAAUGUCAAACUUAGAGGACUUUUUGUACAAAGUGUCAAAUGAUAUUCAGAGAGCCAGAGGAGAUUUUGAUUCAUUGGAGGCUGCCCUGAAAAGUAAGAACACAGCACACGACCAGGAAAUACAGAAACUCUACGAAGAGAUGGAGUACCAGAUCAAACAGGAGAAGGAGAAAAUUCUGACAGAGGAGCAGUUGAAAGAGAGACAGCUGAGGGAAAGCAUGGAAGAAGAAUUAAAAGAAAAAGAUAGGCAACUACAGGAACUCCUUGCCAAACACCAUGAGAUGGAAAAGAGAAUGAGUGAGUUAAACCAAACAGAGGUGGAAACAAAACUGGAAAAUGACAAAUUAAUGAAGGAGAAAGAGGCUUUGGAAGAAAUGUUGGAGAGCUCUCAGGAAAAUCUGGAGGAAUCCAAGUCUUACAUUGGACAGCUGCGAUCUCAACAAAAAGAUGAAAAACGAGAGAGAGCCAGGGCAGCAUUACGUUUAACAGAAAAUAUCGCUAUGGAGAGAGAAAGCUUGGUAAAACAACUUGAUUUGUUGAGAGAUGUGAACAAGAAACUGCGAGAUGACAAGGAUGAGGCAGAAACAAGGCGGUGUGCUGUCAGUGACAUGGAAGCAGUAGAUGAUUUACACCAGAUUUUGGAAUCAGAAGCAAAUGCAAAGAGGGAGAGCUUCAGGAGCCAAGAUCCAGUCAAACGGGGGUCAAUUCUCGGCAACUACUUCCCACAAAGCAGAGGCAGAAUGGGCUCCACCCAAGACUCCAUCUCGGAGCUUUCGAACGACGAGGAUUUAGAGGAAUCUCAUCCACAUCAUCACUCACUUCAUAACAUUUCAAACAUCAUUGAUGACAUAGAAUGUGAUGAUGAUGUCAUUACACAACUUCACACAAAGUCAUAUGAUCAUGUAGAUAGUCAUUAUGGGAUAGGAAUGCAGGGUUCAGAGGUCAUUGAGAGCCACAACUUGGAUCAGAUUACAAGCAGUGAUGGAGAAAUAAAUGUUCGAAGUGCAAGACAGAGGCACAAAUUAUACAAAAGACAGAGGAAGAAAGACCAGAAAGCAGCAGUAGAUGAAAACAGUGUGCACAAUACUAUCUCCACUGGUGAUGGAAACUGUUUCAGCAAUGAUAUUGAGGAGGAUGGGGACAACAUUGACCAACAGGUGGCGGCAGCGUAUGAAAAUCUGUAUGACAGCAACCAGAGAAGGGAAUCCAUCUUUAUGGAAACAAUGGAGGACUACAUGAAGCGAUUAAAUGAACACUCACAAGGAAACCAAGAAUCAGAAUGCCAUCCACCAUUGAAUAAUACUGAAUUCGCAGCUGAAAAAGAUGAGAAAAUUCUUGAAAAGGGGCAUAACUUACUUCUUCUAGGGAAUAGUGAUGCAGUGCCUGUGGAUGAUACUGAUACUAACAUUUACGAAGACACUAACGAAACAUCUUUUAGAAAUGGUAUAGUUCCCGAGAGUCCCCGAGGACAGCCUGUUGGAGAAGACAAGACUGAUGAAGAAGUGACCCCUCCCCCCAGACAGAGGCUGUUUAAGGUGGUGUUUGUAGGUGACUCGGGGGUUGGCAAAAGCUGCUUUAUCCACAGAUUCUGUAACGACCAAUUUAACCCCACAUUCAGUGCAACCAUAGGUGUAGAUUUCCAGGUGAAGAGUAUAGUGUUGGAGAGCCAGGUAAUUGUGCUGCAACUCUGGGAUACUGCUGGCCAGGAAAGGUACAGAAGUAUCACGAAACAGUAUUUCAGAAAAGCAGAUGGUGUGAUAAUGAUGUAUGAUGUGACCACUGAAGCUACAUUCACCAAUGUCAGAAACUGGGUCACCAGUGUAAAAGAUGGGGUGGAAGAAGGAACAGCGAUGGUUGUUGUUGGCAACAAGACAGAUCUGAUUGAGGAACAGGACAGACGGGCAGUAAAAACAAAGGAUGGCAACAAACUCGCUGCUGAGUAUGAUGCCACAUUUUUUGAGGUCAGCGCCAAGUCUGGAGUAAACAUAAAAGAAUGUAUGGAGGCAUUAGCAAGAAUUUUAAAAGAAAAAGAAGAUGAUGAAAUAGAGAAAGCUCUUCAUUUGGAGGAUUCUGUGGAAAAGAAAGGUGGAUGUUGCAGCUGAUAAUCACUGGAUAUCGACAGUCUACUGAAAUUCAUAAACCUCUGACUUAUUCACAAUGGUUUUACAUUAAGACAGUCCCAAUGGAUGUUUUAUUGGUAAAAGAAUGUCCCAAGUUGUGACUUGUCCAGUUUUGAUCUCCUUAUUGUUACAAAAACUUUAUUGCUAUCUUUUUUUUUAGAAAGAUAAAUGUAUUAAACCAUGUCUUGUCUAUCCAUAUAUCCAUAAUGACUGAUCUCCAUGGUUACAGAAAUCCAUUACUUUUAGUGCAAUAUUUUAGUUUUUUCUUUCACACUUUAGAUAUCCAUAUUUGUAAACUUGAUUCUGCAUUGAUGAACUUUUUUUGAACAUGUCUUAGGGAUUAUAGUCUUGGUAAUCAUUUCUAUAAAAUGAUUUCAUUUUUCAUAGUAUUUAUUGUUUUACAUAUUUUGUGUGAUGUCAUGCUCUUGCAAUUUGCAAAGAGAUGUUGCUAACAUUCCAUAUCAGAAUAGUCUAGGAUGGAAAACCUUCCAAACUGAGUGCAUGUAUUGGUAUAAUACAUGAAAUUGUUCUGGAUAAUUUCUAACUCAGUGCUUGUUUUGGUAUAAUACAUGAAAUUGUUCUGGCCUGGAGGUUAUAAAACUUUUAUCGUACUCAUUCUCAAACUCAGCCAUGUUUGUUUUGAGUACAACUCUGUGCAAGCUCCAAAGUAUACUAAAAAAAAUUGUGAGAAUGUAUUCCAUUUGAGUAUGAGAAUGAUUUUAUAAAAGUUUUAUAUCCUUCACUUUUGAGUAUGAGUACGAUUUAGAGCACCAAGUGGGAGUUUGAGUAUGAAAUUUUUAUAACCUUCAGGCUUGGUUAAUUUGUUUUGUCAUCAGCUUUGAUGACAACAUCUUUAUGCAGUUUGUUUAUAUCAGUUGUUUGUGAUGCAUGUAUACGUGUUUCAUAUGAAUUACAAAAUUGUUAGGUAUCUAAAUAUACACACUCCUCUUUCAAAUGCUAACAGCCAGCAAAUAAAUCAAUUUUAUUUCUAUUUGUCAGACAGUGAAAUGUUUUAGUUUGGAUACUUUUUCAUUUUAGACCAGCAAAGAAAUAUUGUUCAUUUCAUGUUUUUACAGACAUUUUUAUUGAAUUUGGAUUUGUUUCAUAUAAAGCAUUAAGUUUACAUUUGUAAAUCCUUUUCUGCUUUCAUCAGAUGAGCUGCUCUGUCAGGCAGUAUACAUUAUGUAGUAUCAGUCAAUAAUUGAUGCUGUAUUCCUGCUUCUUCAGAUGGGUAAUAGUUGCCCGAGGGCUAAUGAGGUCAUUCAGAAUAUCAUUACAAUGUAACUUAUGCUAUUUAAGUUUUAAUAUUUAUGCAACCACAUGGCCAUAAAAUGAUGACUCCUUAUGUUUUCAGAUUUUAUUUAUAUUUUUACACCAACUUUUAUGAUAAACAAAGUGUGUUUAAUAAAUCUGACAUUAAUAUUAUUUUUUAGUUCAGUAGUAUAGUUAUUAUAAAUAUCAUUUUUAAAUAGGAUUUUAAAAUGUUAUGCUUUUGAUAAAAGCAGAAAGUUUGAAUCGUGAUGCAUGUGUGUGUGUAUAUAUAUAUAUAUGCCGAUAUAUAUGUAUAUGUGUGUAUAUAUAUAUAUAUAUAUAUAUAUAUAUAUAUAUAUAUAUACUUGAAAAAUCUUAAUAUUUAUCUCAUAAAAUUUUUGAUAUUCCAAAUUAUGGUAUAUUAUAAUAAACUGUUUUCAAAAA